CAUUACGGUAAAGGGGUGUCAGCGAUUGAUUCCUGGACAGUCAGGAAAUGCGAAGUGACCGCUUAUCACAACACAAGUUAAGAGAGGAAUCACACUUUAACGUGUCGAAACUCGUAGGUGAAAAGGAGCUCCUUCAGAAAUGAGGGAAGCCGCGCCGCUCCAGCCGGACCCGAGCCCUGAUAUGGAGGCUCAGCAAAACUCACGCCGCACUGGUCCGAGUCUGGAGAACAGGAUCCUCACUCAGGCCCCAUUGUUCCUCCUCCGGCCUCCUUCAUGGGCGAACCUGACCUUGUCAUGUCCAGCUCUCCGUCCAUCCAGCCUGUCCUCUACAGCCUCGUCCUCUUCUCUGCUGUCCACCUCAUCCAGCCUGUCCUCUACAGCCUCGUCCUCUUCUCUGCUGUCCACCUCAUCCAGCCUGUCCUCUACAGCCUCGUCCUCUUCUCUGCUGUCCACCUCAUCCAUCCUGUCCUCUACAGCCUCGUCCUCUUCUCUGCUGUCCACCUCAUCCAGCCUGCUGUCCUCCUCUCUGCUCAGCACUGAGAACACUCAGCUGAUGUCUGACCCCAUUACUGGCUCUUCUUUCUGCUCUUCCCAACCUCUGAGUUCACUGGUUCACAGCACAGCGCCACCCACUGGCCCAGAAGCUCAAAAUUGUCCCAGUGAUGAACCUGGAGAGAUAAAAAUAGAGGAUGAUGAAGUGUGCUCCACUGAUGAUCUCUCGUCAUACAGUGAGGAGCUAAAUGAGUCCUCGGCUCAUGAGGAACAGAUGGAGAGUGACGGUGAGUCCCCGGCUGAGAUUCCUGUCCUGAGUCUGAGGCUGAAUGAGGAAGAGGAGAAGCAGACGCUUGAGCUGGAUGAAGGGUUUGAAGAGUUCGACUCUGGAUCAAAUGAAGCUGAAGAAUUAUGGAAGGAAAAGAAGUACAAGCUGCUGAAUUUGGUCUGCUGCUCCCUGGUCCAUAAAAGCCAAUCUCCAGGCCAGGUGGACUGGGAUAAAGAAGGGAGUGUGUGGAGUGAAAUAAAACUCCUGGGUACCGACAUCACCCUGAGCGACCCUGAGUUCCUGCUUAAGGUGGCUGUUUACACCAGACAGGAACUGAACGUUCGCAUCACCGCCAACUUCCUGCUCGCCCUCGCUGCUUACCUGCCCAACUCUAAAUCACACCUGAGGAGGUAUUUCUGCUCCGCCGUGCGGCUGCCAUCCGAUUGGCUGGAAGUGACGAGGAUAUACAGCACGUGUUUCAGCAGGUCUCUGCCUUCAGCUCUGAAAAAAGCUCUGGCUGACAAGUUCAAACAGUUCAGCGAGUAUCAGCUGGCCAAGUACAACACCCGCAAACACCGCUGCAAAUACAUGAAGAAGAAACAGAAGGAAGUAUCUUCUGAGGAGUGGAAUACUUGGGCAAAGCUCCUUGCGUCAGAUGCACAUACUCUUCAGCAUCAUCUGAAGUCAAAACAGCGACCAGUGGUGGAUAAAAAAGAGAAAGAGUUUAAUAUAAAGAAGCUGAUAAAACAACUCCAUAUCAAAGAGCCGUCCGAGAUGGUCAUGAGCAUCCUCGGGAGAAAGUACCCGGCGGACGUGAGGGCGUUCUGGCGCAGCGGGCUCAGUGGGGUGUGGCAGAGUGAAAGAGCCAAUCAGAGGAUGAGACUGAAGCAGCCGGACACGUGGGAGACGCUGCUGAGCCAGAAAGGAAACAGCGCCACCACCUGGGAAAAACUCAUAGAUAAUAACUCUCUGCCCUUCAUGGCGAUGCUGAGGAACCUGAGGAACAUGAUCACACAGGGCAUCAGCCUCAAACACCACGAGAAGAUCCUCAAACGACUCAGCUCAAAGUCGGCCGUGAUUCAGAGCAGACAGUUCCCUUUUCGCUUCCUGUCAGCGUAUAAAGUCAUCAUGGAGCUCAAUAAGUUGGUUGGCUGCGGUGUAAAGGGGACGAUGGGCAAGAAUGAAGUCCUGCGAAGGAUCGUAAAGAAGAUACCAAGGAAAUCCAGACUUCAAACCCAUUGGUCGAUUUUGCGCCGGAAGGGGCUCCGCAAUACACUCAAAAUUCCUUACAUACGCGCUAUGUACAACUUAAAACUCCGAGAGCACCAGAGAGCCAGUCAGAAAUGCUUCACUCCAGAGCUGCUGCAGCGUUACCGUCAGGCCCUGGACAAAGCCGUAGGGAUCUCCUGCACGUACAACAUCCCUCCUCUGUCAGGACACACACUCAUCAUCUUCUGGAGAUACAUGGGGAUUCAAGGAAAGCAAAACAUUGAUUUCUGCAUCCCUCCUGAGUCUUCAGACGGAAAGACGGAGAACACAAACCUCUCAGCUUCGAUGAAGGACGUGGCGUUGCUCCUGGCCAUGAUGAUCUGCUACUGCAGUGAGCGCACACAAUUCGUCAUCGCAGACCACGAUGGUUUCCAGGAAGUCCAGAUUAAGUCCCAUGAGCUUUUAGAGAACGUGAGGACCGUGUCCAACCUGAUCAUGGACUCGGGGGAUUCAUCUUCAAAAGUAGAACCGAAUAAAUUCUUCUCCAGGCUUCUUGAGGAGAAAUCAAAGGUUGAUAACAUCAUCAUGUUGGGGGAUCAUGCGAUUGAAUGGGUAACGACGUGUGCAGUUAAAAGAUUUAAGAAACUCUCCAUCAGCGAGCCUUUAUUGGUGAACAUUUUAAUCAGCCAAUCUCACACACUCAUAGAAGCUGAAGAUGAUCCUAAAAUCGUGACCCUGUGUGGCUUCAGUGAGCAGAUCCUCAGGUUUAUUUCAGAGCGUGGUUCCUCUCGACUACUGGAUCAUGUGGACCAAAUCGACAAACUGCACAAGAUUCCUCCUCCAACAGGUUCUCCUGCAAAACCAGAGAGAACCAGUGACAUCAUACCCCUGCCUGCAGUUCCCAAACUCAGGUGGCGCAGCGUCCGUGUCUUCAUCUCGUCUACGUUCAGAGACAUGCACGGCGAGCGAGACGUCCUGGUCCGCAGUUUUUUCCCGGAGUUACGGCGGCGGGCGGCUUCCCUCUGCCUCCACCUGCAGGAGGUGGACCUGCGCUGGGGCGUCACUAAGGAUGAAUCGGCACGCGCCGCUGAGAUCUGCCUCCAGGAGGUCUGUCGCUGCCAGGUGCUGCUGGGAAUUCUGGGAGAAAGGUACGGCCUGGUGCCUCCUCGGCCCUCGCUGCCUGACCUGCCUCACUACAGCUGGUUGAAGUCGGCUCCUGAGGGUCUGUCGGUCACAGAGAUGGAGAUCCGUCAGUUUCAGGCCGUGUUUCCUGAUUCUGCUCAGAGCCGCAUGUUCUUCUACUUCAGAUCUCCUCAGCUGCUCAGUUCAGUGCCUGAGGCUUGGAGAGACGAUUUUGCAGCUGAAUCGAAAGAAACUGCAGCUAAAAUGGAAGACCUGAAGCAAUGGAUCAAGAACAACGACUUAAGAGUGACAGAAAAUUACCCGUGUGAGUGGGGCGGAGUUGUAGAUGGAAAAGCGUACGUUAAAGCUCUGGAGGAUUUCGCAAAGGCUGUAAUGGAGGAUCUGUGGUCUGUUAUACAGAAUCUUUUUGUUGAGGAAUCAGACGAGGCAGAUCUGACAGCAGAGAUCAAAGAACAGGAAGUGCACCAGGAAGCCCAAAGCCAGCAGUUUUACGGGCGAGCGAAGCUGCUUUCAAAGGCGAAAGAGAAAAUUGAAGAAUCUCAGCGGAAAGGCGGGGUUCUGCUUGUGGAGGGCGGGGCCGGAGUCGGCAAAACGGCUUUCAUGGCUGCCUUGGCUCAUGCGCUCCAAACUCCAGACAAGAGGAAGAAAGUGCCCAUGUGUGAUGUCAUAUCCUACUCCACAGCUGCUAGCCAUUCAGCUUCUGGGGUUGAGCCCCUCCUACGCUGCUUGGUCCAAUGGCUGAGGAAGAGGAAGGAGCAGGAGGAGGAGCUUCCUCCCAGCACACCUUAUAGAGAUCUGCUGUCAGAGUUGAUGUCUCAGCUGAAAGAGGUGAAGAAAGGCCAAUCUCUAGCUUUACUCAUUGAUGGAGCAGAUCUGGUGCACGAUGCUAAAGGGCAAAGAAAUUCUGAAUGGAUUCCAAAAUACAUUCCUAAGGGUGUGUGCCUGGUCCUAAGCAUCACUACAGGUUCAGAUCUCCACAGCAUUAUCAGCAAAAAUAAGAGCUGCAUGUUGUUUCCUCUGGGGCCGUUACUGCUCCCGGACCGGAGAGAGAUCGUCCAGAAGGAGCUGAGUGUGUACGGGAAGAAACUGAGUGAUUCUGCUUUUAAUAACCAGCUCCAGACGCUGCUGAUGAAGAAGGGAGCUGUGAGUCCGCUGUAUCUCAGCUUGGCCUGUGAGGAGCUUAGAAGCUACGCCUCCUUUGAAAAGAUGACUGAGAACCUGCAGUGUCUCCCGGUGUCUCUGUGUGAGCUGAUCCAGCACAGUCUGAUCAGGCUGCAGUACCAGUAUGGGGGAACAGGACUCAGCUGGACCCUGGCUGCUCUGACUGUCAGCUCCACUGGUCUGAAAGAGAGAGAUCUGUACUCCCUGUUAAACUUGUGCACUUAUCUGAGCUCCUCACAUACCCUGUUGACCUGGCAGAACGUGAUCAAGCAUGCCAGGAACCCAGAAACCAGAGUGCCCAUGGCCACAUUCUCUCAGCUUGCUCGAAGUCUGCAGAGUCUGAUUGGGUCAUCUCUGUCUGUGGAACCAGAUCAGUUCUUGGUUCUCACCAAUCCGGAUGUUAAAUCAGCGUUUGAGCAACUUUACCUCUCUAAUCCAGAUGACAGAACCAGAGCGCACAUGAUUCUCGCAGCUCACCUGUGGGUUCAGUCAGAUCCUCAUGGACAUGACACGUUCCUGCACUGUGACCCGGACACACUCGCACAGCUUCCUGCUCAUCUGAUGGAAUCUGGUCAGUGGGAGCCGAUGCGUUUCCUGCUUUGCAACUACUACUUCCUGUAUGCUAAUUUGUGUCACGGACACUUGCGCAGCCUGAUGGAGAAUUACGUCACUUAUGAAAAGUGGAAUGAAGUGGACAUGGCUCUCUGUCCUGAGGCAUCCGAUUGCUCGGAUGAGGUCCUGGCUUGUCACUCGUUUCUGAAGCGCCACGCCCCUCUUCUCUCCCAUUGGCCAGCUUUGUUUGUGCAGCAAGCCCUGAAUGAACCAGACACCUCGGCUGCUUAUGCCUGGGCUAAAAGUGCAGUGGAAGAGGGAAGCGUCCACACUGUCAGAUGGGUGAACAAGUCCAAAGAAUCCCAACAGGAAGCUGGCGAGCUGGUUUCCACCUUUCAGCAGACUCCGUCCUGUGUGUCUCUGAGUCCUAGUGGAGGUCUCAUGGCGGUUGGGACAGAACAAGGUUCUCUCCAUCUCUACCACACACACACCAACCAGGAACUAAAGUCACUAGUCAGUAACUGUGAUGGGAUCUCAGGGUGUCUAUUUCUGGAUGAGUGCAUUCUGUGGACGACCUCCUAUGACGGACAGGUGGAGACAUGGGACGUUAACAGCGGCUGCAGGAUGGCUCACCUGCCCGCCCACUCCAACAGGAUAACAGGAUGUGAUGUCAGCUCAGACAGAAAGCACUUCGCUACUGUUUCUUUAGACUUCACUCUGAAGGUGUGGUCCUCCAGAACAGGGAAGCAGGAGGCAUCUCUGGAGAACCCCUGCCCUCUAAACUGUGUGACCUUUGACCCCGACGGGAGUCUGGUGGCAGUGGGCUGCUGGGACGGAGCGGUGCGAGUGUGGGACUGGAUCAAACAGGAGAACUGCAUGACUCUUUCAGGUCAUCAGUGUUCAGUACGCAGUGUGUCGUUCUCUCCGUCCUCCUCUCUCUCACUUUGUUCGGGGGCGUUGGAUGGAGAGAUGAGGUUGUGGUCGGUUCCCGGCUCGUCCUGUGUGUGGCGCUAUCACGCUCACCACGGCUCUACUGAGGCACUCCACUUCCUGUGUGAUGGUGAGUCACUACUCAGCGCUGGACAUGAUGGCAUGGUCCAGAUGUGGUCUGGAGGUCUCGGGCGCUCAGUUUCCGUGUUGGGGGAAGAAAAGAAGCUGUUGAAAUCCUCAGCGACCAGACAGGUGUCUAAAGAUGCUGCUCUCUGUGUGGCUGUGAACGGUCACUUUGCUGCUGUAGGUUACCAUGGAAAUGGGCUUAAACUCUACAACAUAAACUCAGGGGGCUGUGUGUGGUCCACUGAGGACCUGCGUGUGUCCAUGCUGUGUGUGCUCUGGCUUAAGACUCCAGCAGGUUAUCUCCUGCUGUCUGGAGGGUUAGAUCAGCGUCUGCGUCUGUGGAGAAAGCAGAGAGGACACGAGAAAACUCCAACACUCGCAGGAGUCUUCGGUGUCCAGAAGGGCGCCGUCCUCGCUCUGAACCAGAACUCCACUCAUGUAGCCUCAGCAUCGGACGACUUCACCAUCGCAUUGUGGUUGAAGAAAGAUUUGACCUGCGACCCCUGGGCUGAACCGAGAGCAGUGAGUGUUCUGAGGGGUCACAGUGGAGGGGUCACAUGUUUGGCCUUCAGUCCAAAAGGAGAUCAGCUGCUGUCAGGAGGAAAAGACAAGGCUCUGAUGGUGUGGACGAUAAACUCCUCCCCUCCGUCUCUGUCUCGCUCUUUACUGCACUGUCACGGAGACUGGAUCACCGCAUGCGCCUGGACUCCAUCCGCCCUGCUGAGCUGCUCUAACGACUGCAGGCUGAGACUGUGGGACAUCCAGACAGGAAGUUGCAUCAGGGAAGUCUCAGUUGCGUCCUCCGUGGGCUCGCUGUGCUGCUGGGAGGACUAUGUGAUGUUGGGUUCUGCUGAUGGACUGCUGACGGUGUGGAAAUCUAAUCUUGGAGUAAUUGCUGAGAUCAAAGCUCAUCUUUCCCGCAUCCACCACACCGCCAUCAUACCUAAACCAGGACUGGUGAAGAAUCCCGAGGACGUCCUGAUCGCUACAGCGUCUGAUGAUGGAUCUGUGAAGAUCUGGCAACCGCUACAGGUUGAGCACCGCAGCACUCUGCUUGGUCACAGUGGAGGUGUUCGUGCUUUAGCGAGCGGCUCUGGUCCACACUUCCUCACUGUGUCUGACGAUCGCAGUCUCAGAGCCUGGAGCGUUAAUACAGGCCUGCCCCCCAGAACGAUGGAGAGUGUGAGUGCGAUGUGUUUCCUGGAGCUGCAGGAUGUCCUGGUGUGUGCUUUCAGCUCCGGCAGACUGGAGAUGUGGCAGCAGCUCGAACUCCUUUACUCCAAUAAGCUGAGUGAUAGCCGUAUCACUGCACUAUGCAGUAUGCCGGAUGAGCAGUUAGCGGUGGGCUGCAGUGAUUCUACAGUGAGUGUGUGGAAGCUGAAGAAGGACUCGCAGCAGUGUAUUGCAGGUCUUUCCAAAGUUCAGUCGUACACUCUGAAGAGUAGCGCGAUGUUUCUGCACUACUGCACCACUCUGCUGGCCGUGUCUUUAGACUCCAUCAUCAUCAACGUCUUUUCAAAUGCAAAAGAAGAGCACCAGAAUAUGUGGAAUUUGUAUCGCCGCACCCACGUGUUGUGUAUCGAAGGAAGCGGGGAACACGGCCUGUGGCUGGUGGGAGAAGAGCACAACAAGCCUGUACUGGCACACCUGCACACCCGUUGCAGUGAAGAAAAAAGUGAAAAAGGAGCAAAAAGAAGAAGAAAAGGAAAAGGAAAAGAAGAGUCAGAAGAAUUGCUGCAGUUGGACACAAAUGCCAGCCUGAAGUCAGGUUUUGAUCAGACUCAGGAGGAAGAGGAGCGAGUCCAUCAUCAUCAUCAUCAUCAUCAUCAGGGGGAGAAACAUGAGAGCAGGGAGUACAACAUCACGGCUGCUGCUUUGCACAACGAUCUGAUUGUAUGUGGAGAUUUAAAGGGUCACAUGUGGUUUAAUGAGACGCCGACCCUGAGCUCCUGGACUCCGAGGAGACGUGUGCACAGUGACAGGAUCAGUGCGCUGCGUCUGACGGAGAGCAUCAUCAUCUCAGCCUCGUACGACAGGACCAUCAAACUGUGGGACAGGAAGACUAAGAAACAGCUUGGCCUGUUUGUGUGUGACGCUCCAGUCGAGGUUCUGCAGGUGAACCCGAAUGACCCGAGUCAGAUCGUAUGUGGAGACGCACUGGGGCAAAUCUACUUCCUGUCCUGGAAGGGCUAAUUAACAUCCUCACACUGCACACACCAUCAGUUUAACAUUCAACACUCCACGUUUAGCACUUUAACACUUUGUGCAGGUUUUUUUUUUUUUUCAACUGAAUGUUGACAAGUAUGUACUGUACACACUCCAGAGCUAUUUGUUUCAUAGUAGCUUUGCACAUGUUUGUUUUUAAAGUCACAUAUUUUGUGAAAAAAUGGCUGAUAUGUGACACCUACAUUUGUCUCCCAGAGGUUCAAAAGAGUGUGAGAAUAAAAAUAAAUAAUACA